UCGACUCUCUCUUGACAACCUCGAUCGAUACGGAACCUCCCCCCAGCUGGUCCUCAGCACUUCAACCCUCCUUGCUGAGGAUUGUCUUCUGCUUUACCUCUCAAGAUCAAUCACGCGCUCGAACAGCCAUCCGCAAAGAUGCACGCUUCAGAGCUCAGCCAGGCGAAUUUCACUACCUUCAACCAGCUGGAACGUAUUGCUUCAGCUUUCUCCUUGUGUGGAACAGCAUUCGUCGCAGUCACCUUCCUCAGCUCGGAAGCUUUCCAAAAACCCAUCAACCGCUUAGUGUUCUAUGCUUGCUUGGGCAACAUCUUCACCAAUGUCGCCACCAUCAUGGCUAGAGCAGCAGUUGAGGCCGUCUCGGAUGGCAACUUCAACACACCCUUGUGCCAGUUCCAGGCUGUCUUGAUCCAAAUGUUUCUUCCUGCAGAUGCUCUCUGGACUUUUGUCAUGGCUCUGAAUGUCUACCUGACCUUCUUCCGCGGGUUCACUGGCCCUGAGCUUCGCAGACUUGAGAAAUAUUACUUUAUCGCCUGCUAUGGAAUCCCGUUCGUCCCGGCUCUGGCUUUCGUCUUCGUCACCAAUGCCAAACAAGGCCACAUGUAUGGGAAUGCUGCCCUGUGGUGUUGGGUCUCUAGUGAUUGGGAUGUCUUCCGCAUUGCGACCUUCUAUGGUCCUGUAUGGUUGGUCAUUCUAGCGACUAUUGCAAUCUACGUCUAUGCUGGAAAAGAAAUCUACAACAAGACGCAGCUUCUACGUGACUUCAAUAAGCGUAUGCCUGAUCCAAUGAUCAUUCCCCAUGAUCCAUUCAGUGGUCAUCCCAAUGAGGUUGUCUAUGUUACUUCUCAAACCACUGUCGAGUCCUCGGCUCCCAUCGAUUUAAGUCAGCUCACCCCAACUGGCCGCCAACAGCCUGGAGCACCUACACCUGCACUCGAAUCUAAAUACAAUGUCACGAUCACCGCUGGCUCCAAAGACAAGGCCGACGCGCCUCUCGAAAAUGUCACGCGAUUUUCGUACGAUGAGAAAUCCCCUUCCGAAUCACGCCCCUUGCCGGAGCCUCCUGUGUCCGUCCUCACGCCGACUACGCCAAGCUACAGAACACCUCAAUCUGGCAGAAGACCGGCUUCACUACAAGCUACUACCGCGAUGUUGUCCUACACCAAGGUCGCUGGUUUGUUCUUCUUAGCAAUGAUGAUGACCUGGAUCCCUUCUUCUGCAAAUCGGGUCUACUCGGUCAUCAACCCAGACGAUGUCUCUCUUGUUCUUGAGUGCUUCUCCGCUUUCGUCCUUCCUCUUCAAGGUUUCUGGAACGCUUUGAUCUACGCUACCACCAGCAUUCCAGCUUGCAAAUCUCUGUGGAAGCAGGUCAAGGAGCAACGACGCCUGAGCGGCAGCGGUCUGCGCAAUCUCGCACGCGGCUUCCCGUCUGAUGGUGAGAGCGUCCAACCUCACAUUCCACAUCACCACUCUGGUGGUCACCAGAGGAUCAAGUCACGUUACCAUGAGCACGAGACCGACUCCAUGACAGAGCUCAAGGAAAGCCGUCCACAAACUGGCAAGAGUACUCGAGGAGGAAGUGGUGACUCAACCGAUCCCAUCGUGCAUGUCCUGUCCCAAGAAGAUUACUCGAGAGGUUUCUCAGGGGUCUGAGCGCUUCCGAAUAGCAUUUUCUUCUUCGUCCACAGGGACAUGGGCUUAGCAUGGCGUUUUGGGACGGUAAUUUGGCGGAGAGUCAAGGUCGACGGGUGGAGUUGUGGUUGAUACCGGGUUUUUGUCUUCUCUUCUCGGGCAUUUGAUCACAUGAUCAAGUUGUCAUUCUUUUGUACUUUCUCUUCUUCGGCACUGAACCUUUUUCCAGUUCUUCUGAGGGAGACGAAAAAUGGGUGUACAUUAAAAAAUGGGCAUGGCUGUAUCAUAUGUCUCACGGCGAGCUGGUUGUAAAUGGAAUAAAAAAAACUUUCUAG